UAUUGAACAUAUAGGGACCUCUUAACCAGUCUGUUCUCAUUCUCUAACAUUCAUAUUCAUCCAUCACCGACACCCCAUCAUCACUCGAUCCUUCCUUCACCUCUUCACACUCCCAUUCACUCAUUUUCGGAGCUCUCCAGACCUUGUCUCUCCCGCAGCUAUGGCAGAGAAGGAGACCAGAAUGUGGAUAAAGGUGGAUUUGCAGUGCCCGCGCUGCUAUAAGAAGAUCAAGAAAAUUCUCUGUAAAUUUCCCCAAAUUCGAAAUCAAGUAUACGAUGAAAAGGAGAACACGGUGGAAAUCACCGUCGUAUGCUGCAGCCCGGAGAAAAUCCGGCAGAAGAUCAUCUGCGAGGGUGGCAAGAUAGUGGAGAAAGUCGAGACCAAGAAGGUCAGGUUCGAAGAGCCGCCGAAAGAAACUGCCAAGCCACCUGCUCCUGCACCGGUGUCAGUACAGCCCUCGAAAGCCUCUGCUCCACCAAAGCCUCCACAGCAGGCGCCCGCGCCGCCGCCCCCGAAGGCACCAAAGCCGAUGGCAGGCUACCCGCCAGUGCCAAUGUAUCCGAUGGUGCCGGUGUAUCCGAUGGUGGGGGUGUAUUGUUGUCCCCCAUGCUAUGGACGGUGUGGUGCGGCACAAUGCUAUUGUGGGCAGAGGAGGCCAGUGAUGUGCUAUGAUGGAUGUGGAAGACCAGCUGAUGAGUGUCAAGGUGGGAAUAGGGGUUACUACGUGAGCCCAUGUGAUUACUUCAGUGAAGAAAAUGCCACUGCGUGCACCGUCAUGUGAUCAAAUUUUUAGGGCUAUCUUGGGGUCUUUAUCUUUGUGGGUAUGGAAAGACUUAUGAGGAUGGUGGUCCAGUAUGGUGGUAUAUGUGGUCAAAUAUGUUCAACACACGACUUGUUGGUUGUUGAUUUCUUCAUUUCAAUAAAACUUUAGUCCCUUUCAUGUC